UAUGUUUCAAAACAGUUACCAGCUUAAUCUGGAUUUCCCAGCAGGGAAGAGAAGAAACACAGAUUACCUCGAUGGUACUAUUAUCCGUAGCAAAUGAUAGGACAGAGCUGAGAUUAAGAGUGACCGCCUAAUCUGAGGUAUCAGGCUUUUAUAUUAAAAUGAAAUACUUCUGGUCGUGACGCGACGUCUGCUACUUUAAUAGCCGCUUGUUGCUCUCGAAGAGUAAACCGCAUCAGUCGCCGAAGCGCUUUUUAUUUUUAGUGAUUUGCUUUGUACGUCCUCUGGUACGGUUUUCCUCUUAUUGGUCGAGCCGUAUGCUGAUUUGAGAGACAGAGACGGUUAGUUUGCUCCCAAACCCCGUCAGUCUGUCAGUGGUCUGGAAAUGCCAAAGCGCCUCCUCGCUGCUCACGCACUCACACACAAAGCAGAGGGUUCCGGUGGCGCGGGCUGGAACGAUCCACUGAUGCCGCUUCUUCGUUUCGGUGCUUAACUGCUCCUUAAAAACGUCGAGGGAAUCUCUUGUCCUCCGACGUUGGGCUUUUUUUAGUUUUUUAUUUUUUUGGCUUGCGGGUUUAGACACAGGAUUGUUUUGUGAUGGGUGGUGGAAACGAAUCACGGAUUUUUUCCUCUUUUUAUGGAGACCAAAGUGAGCAGAUUUCCUACUGUUGAAAGCAAGUUUUAUCUUGAUAAGAAGCAAAUGGUGGAACAGAGGAUUCUUUAGGGGCAAAGGAUACUUACUCAAGAGAAUAACACUUUUUCACACAGUUUUCCCAACAGAAAGGGGGCUUUCUGGUACGCAACACUGGAUUUUACAUUUUGUCUGACUGACGCAGCAUCGUUUUGGAGUAUCUUAUUUGGAGAUUUCAAUCCUUUUAUUCUACAUUUCGGGGAAGAAACUAUAUCUUAAGAAGAAGAAACCCGGACGAGUUAUGGAGAUGCCAAUGAAAUAAAACCUGUAUCUCCAGGUCAAAUGACCGCUUCCACUCGAUCUCCAAUCUGACCACCUUAUUUAUGACAUGGAAAAACGGGGACUCCACAGCGUCCUUUAUUAUUUCAUUCUGAAUGCGCCCCUGCUAUUCUGUGUAAAUGCCACAUUUACUGAAGUGCCCAGAGAUGUGAGUGUCGGUGAGGGCGAGGACAUAGAGAUGCCGUGCGCUUUUCGAGCCGUCGGAGUCUCGCCGUUCUCUCUGGAGAUUCAGUGGUGGUACCUCAAGGAAGCGGCCCCUAAAGAGCUCGCUCACGAACUGCAAAUUAGCGCUCCGGCCAACAGAGCCAAGGUUGCCCACCGGGACGCCACGAAAAUAAGCACGGUGAGGGUCCAGGGCAACGCUAUUUCCCACAAGCUCAGCCUAUCGGGUGUGCGGAAGGAGGAUGAGGGAGUGUAUGAGUGUCGGGUUUUGGACUUGUACUCUGAUGAGACUCAGGAAUACAAGGUGCAGGCCACUCUGCGCGUCACGCCGCGCGAGGGAAUGCUGGCCGAGGAGGCCGUGUCUCACAUCCAGAACCGAUGGCCACUGAGGAACAGCAACACAGCGACGGGUGGACGGGCCACUUCUGAGCCGGGCCAGGGUCAGGGAAAACCCCGCGUGCCUCCGCCGGUUGGAAUAGGACCCGCUCCCCCUUCAACGACUACGACCAGCUCUGCAGUCAAGUCGUCAGCUUCGCCUCGGCCGGGCAAUUCAUCUAUCCUGAGACAACAACACGGAUCCGGUUCUGGAACCAUGACAACCACUGAGCCACUCCUUUACAUCACUCUGCUGAUCCUGCAUAAGCUCCUCCCCUUCCUGUUUGCCUACUAAGAGACCACAGCCAAACAACUCGCAAUGAUUUCACUUUAUGUACCAAACGACAAAGGGAAAAUAUAACUACGUAUAUAUAAAUAUAUAUAAAUAUAUCUACCAUUAUGGCACAUCACAGAGAGGGACGGGACAUGACUUUGGAGAAAAUAAAAAUAUCAGAAUAAUUAUAAGAAGGCCAUUUUCUUUUCUGGGACUUGUGUAGAAGAUCUGUCUCAGAGUUGGAUGUAAAAUGGAUUCUUUAAGAAGCAUGAUGAAAAACAACAAAAAAAAAUUAAAA